AUGAAAUUCUUCGCUGCCACUAUCUUCUUCGCGGCCACUGCGGCCGCCCUGCCAGGAGGGGCCAAGGACGACAGCCAGAAGCAGCUCGGUCAGCUCCUCGGCCAGACCCAAAACAAGUGUGGCCAGAACCUCCAGGUCAAGUGCUGCAACCGUUCCAACAAAUCGGGCGAUUCCACUAGCAUCGCCAAGGGAAUCCUUUCUGGGCUUGUCCCCAACGCUGGAGCUGGAGGUGACUUCGGUCUGUUUGGCGAGUGCAGCGAUGUCCCCAUCGAUGUCCCUGCUGCCAUCCUCGGUGGCAGUGGAGCCAUCACUGAGGCUCUAUCGCAAAAGUGCAAGCAAAACGUUGCUUGCUGCCAGGACACCAGCUCCGAAGCGAAUGGAAACCUCGUUGGCGUCGCCAUCCCUUGUGUUUCAUUCGGCUCGCUUCUCUAA